AUGUUAGAGAUCUACACAAGAGAUUACAAAGGACACGCGAGAGGUCUGCAACAGAAAAUACAGAUAGAUAGUCUGUUUACCAGAGAAAAAGCCACAGAUAAGGAUUACAAGGAGAAACAUAAGAGAUGCAUACCAGAGAUUAAAGCCACAGAUACGGAUUACAAGGAGAAACAUAAGAGAUGUAUACCAGAGAUUAAAGCCACAGAUACGGAUUACAAGGAGAAACAUAAGAGAUGUAUACCAGAGAUUAAAGCCACAGAUAAGGAUUACAAGGAGAAACAUAAGAGAUGCAUACCAGAGAUUAAAGCCACAGAUACGGAUUACAAGGAGAAACAUAAGAGAUGUAUACCAGAGAUUAAAGCCACAGAUAAGGAUUACAAGGAGAAACAUAAGAGAUGUAUACCAGAGAUUAAAGCCACAGAUACGGAUUACAAGGAGAAACAUAAGAGAUGUAUACCAGAGAUUAAAGCCACAGAUAAGGAUUACAAGGAGAAACAUAAGAGAUGUAUACCAGAGAUUAAAGCCACAGAUACGGAUUACAAGGAGAAACAUAAGAGAUGUAUACCAGAGAUUAAAGCCACAGAUAAGGAUUACAAGGAGAAACAUAAGAGAUGUAUACCAGAGAUUAAAGCCACAGAUAAGGAUUACAAGGAGAAACAUAAGAGAUGUAUACCAGAGAUUAAAGCCACAGAUACGGAUUACAAGGAGAAACAUAAGAGAUGUAUACCAGAGAUUAAAGCCACAGAUACGGAUUACAAGGAGAAACAUAAGAGAUGUAUACCAGAGAUUAAAGCCACAGAUAAGGAUUACAAGGAGAAACAUAAGAGAUGUAUACCAGAGAUUAAAGCCACAGAUACGGAUUACAAGGAGAAACAUAAGAGAUGUAUACCAGAGAUUAAAGCCACAGAUAAGGAUUACAAGGAGAUAUAG